AUAUCACAUGUAAAAAUACCAAAAGCGCAUCCCCAAAUGCCUUCCCAAUGGCCUCCCGCGUCCUCCCCUUCCCCUUCCCGCUGCGCAUCGGCACCGACAUCUGCCAGAUCUCGAGGAUCCACCGCAUCCUGAGCGGCGCCCAGGGACCGCGGUUCGUGCGGCGCGUGCUCACGGAGGAGGAGCGAGCGUGGCCGGGCCGCGACGACCAUCCCCUCUCCAUCAUCCUGUCGGGCGCCGCUCCCGGCGAUGCGCGGGAAAGGGAAGGGGGGAGGAAGCCCGCCCUCCCGACCGAGGCCGAACGGCAGUCCCAGCUCUGGAAAGCAGCCACCUUCAUGGCCGGCCGCUUCGCCGCCAAGGAGGCAGCCAUCAAGGCGCACCCCCACCGCCGCCUGACGUUUCACGAGGUCGUCGUCCGCAGGGCCACCACCACCACCACCACCACCACCACCACCACCGCCGCCGCCUCUACCGCAUCCUCCUCCUCCGCCGAACAACAGCACGAAACGCCCCUCCUCCAGCGUAGCGGGAGCGGGCCCCCCGUCGCGAUCAUCAGGGCCGCCGACGACGACGCCGACGACGCAGACCGCGAGGCCGCCCUCAGCAUCAGCCACGACGGCGACUACGCCACCGCUGUGUGCCUCGCCUUCGACCCGACGGUGGCGGACGGGGCUGGUGGUGUUGGGGGCGCUCUGAGGUGAAAAG